AUGCAAGUAAAGGUGGUGCUCCCGAGUGGAGAGGUCAAUGUGCCGGUAGAACCCAACUCCACCCCUGGACACCUCAAAGAAAACCUAAAGUACAGCAUCCGCGCACCUCCAAAGCAGAUCAAGCUUACUUGCGAAGGUCGCGAGCUUGAUGAUAUCAAGCCACUCGCGGGUGAGCCGAACAAUGUCGCAGAUGGCGCUGUGCUGGUCGCAGAGAGACGAGAGGGUGUGGUGGAGGAUGAGUCCUUCUCACCGAAAUCCUCCCCGCCUCCGGCAAUGAUCCGCAAGGAGGAGCCUCCCAAGCCGAAGAAGCCCAAGAAGGAUGUGGUGAGGCCAACUUUGUCCGAGGGAGAUGUCAAGAAAGAGAAGACCCUCUCACCAGGACACCAAGGUUGGGCAGUUAAGUCUGCGUACCUUGAGGCAAAGUCAAAGAAGCGACACAUGGCCUAUCUGAAGAUCGAGAACUGCGAGGAAAAGAAGGCUUACCCAGAACACGAGGACUUCUCAGUUGUGUUGCCUUUGGGAGAUCCGCAGUGCUCGCCGGUGUGGACAGCGGUCGUGCAGCAGUUGGAGAUCGGCGAGAGAGCUAGCUUCACGCUCUCACGGAAGGUUCUGGACUUCAACCCGGAAAGCCUUGCUCCAGAUGACUUCUGCUCGACAUGGGAGGUGGAGCUGAUCCGGGUGGUGGAAGUUGAGGACGUUGCUGAGGACUUCCAGCAGCUGCUAGAAAUCGAGAGCACUGGCGGGAAAGAUCGGGCGGAGGAUUUGGAUGCUGCGGCUGUGCACUGGCGUGUUCGGAGGUGGAUGCCCGAGGGCACAUUUUGCAUCGCCAGCAGUCGGGAACGAAUUGCCAUUAUGCCCGGCUAUGGUUUAGUGCCUAUUGAGGAUCAGAAUGCACCUCCUGUGCAAGUUGCUGUGGGCGAAGGCCAACAGGAGGCAGUGGAGCUCAUCGCGGCCAGGGUUGGCCCGGGCGGCAAGGGGCACCUCUUCCUGAAGAGCCAAGCCUUGAAAGCAAACCGACCAAACGGCUGCGUCAUCAUGGAUGUGGAGCUGGUAGCGCUGGAUCCGUGCCGAGGACCUGGCACACCAGGCUGGAAGGGCUGGCAGAGCCUCAUCCAAGAGCGCGAGACCGGUGACUCCUGGCUGGAUGAAGCCGACGGCCGAAGGAAGCAGCUCGAAACUUUCGGGACUUUGCGAAAGUCCACCGAGGAUUCCAAAGGAGCAGAAGCGCAUGUCGCAGAGCAGGUCCACAAGUAUGCCUACAACGCAGAACGCCGCUACAGGCGUGGCUUGAAGUGGAUAGAGAUGGAUAAGAAGGACGAUCGCAAGUUGCAGCUGGAGCAGGCAACACUUAGGAUGCGGCUGGCAAAGGCCAUGUCGCUGGCUCAUAUGCGAUUCGGCGAGAAUCCAGAGCCUGCGAGCGACGCCGAGAAGGCGGCAUUGAAGGAAGCGCGCGAGCUUCUAGCAGAGGUGCUGACAGUCAGCGAGGCCCUCAACAACGAUUCCGUCAAAUACGAAUGCAUGAAGAUGAACCUGCAGGUAUGCAUCCAGGAUGAGGAUGUGUCAGAAGCCAGGAAGGUACUUUCCCGACUGCAGGAAGAGAAGCCUGACGAUGAGGACCUCAAGAGCGACAAUGCCAGGAUCAAUCGACUUGAGAACGACCUCUCCCUCAAGCAGGGCGCAGGGACGGUAGAGGAGCUGCAGAAGGACUUGCAGCAAGCCGUGACUGCAGGUGACAAGCCUAAAGUCGGCGAGAUCCUGGAGGCACUACUAGGAAUGUUCAAGGAGAGCAAGGUGACCUACGAUGCUGUCAAGACCUGCAAAGUUGGAAAAGACGUGGGCAAUGCAAUGAAGAUGGGAGAUCCUGACAUUGCCGCCCUUGGCCGAAAGGCUGUCGGCGAGAUCCAGGCUCUUGCGCAAAGGGCAGCUUUGGGGAUCUGA